CCCUCUCACACUCGCGGCUUUAUAAAUACCGCUUUUUUCCGCUGCUCGUUUUCCCACUUUUCCUUUUGCUAAAUUUCGUCGCACUUGUCAAAUACUGAAAGAGACUCUCACACACAAACACACUCUCAUUUCGUCGCCGAUUUCAACAUAAUUUCGUACAUUUCACGCUUCGUUCCUCGAUCGACAAUUCAUGGCUUCUGAAACACUUGUGGGUGCAUGCAAUGGCAGUGUCUGUACACAUCCAGACCCCCAAAGAAGUUACCAAGUUGUUGUUGCUGCCACACGUGCAAUGGGUAUUGGAAAAGAUGGAAAAUUACCAUGGAGGCUACCUUCAGACCUCAAGUUUUUCAAAGAAAUCACCAUGACAACAUCAGAUCCAGUGAAAAAGAAUGCUAUUAUAAUGGGAAGAAAAACAUGGGAAAGCAUACCUUUAGAACAUAGGCCACUCACUGGUCGCCUCAAUGUUGUUUUAACUCGUUCAGGGAGUUUUGAUAUUGCAACUGCUGAAAAUGUUUUAAUGUGUGGAAGCAUGAUUUCAGCUUUGGAAUUAUUAGCUUCAUCACCCUAUUGUUUAUCUAUUGAAAGGGUGUUUGUGAUUGGUGGUGGUGAAAUCUUAAGGGAGUCACUGAAUGCUCCUGGAUGUGAUGCAAUCCAUAUAACUGAAAUUGAAACAGACAUUGAUUGUGACACUUUCAUACCAUCUAUCAACACUUCAGAAUUCCAACCAUGGUAUUCGUCAUUCCCACAACUCGAGAAUGGAAUCCGCCAUUCCUUCACUACAUAUGUUCGUGUGAAAAGCUCUGGAAUUGAAGACCCAAAGAUAUUUGAAAAGCAUCAAGAGUUUCUUUAUUUGAAACUAGUGGAGGAUAUAAUUUCUAAUGGUGCUUUGAAGGGUGAUCGUACAGGAACUGGUACUCUGUCAAAAUUUGGUUGCCAGAUGCGGUUUAAUCUGCGAAAGUCUUUUCCACUCCUUACAACCAAGAAAGUGUUUUGGCGUGGAGUUGUGGAGGAACUUUUGUGGUUCAUAAGUGGGUCAACAAGUGCUAAGGUCUUGCAAGAUAAGGGCAUUCAUAUAUGGGAUGGUAAUGCAUCAAGAACCUACCUAGACAGUAUUGGCUUGGUGGAUAGAGAAGAGGGUGACCUGGGUCCUGUUUAUGGGUUCCAGUGGAGACAUUUUGGUGCAAAGUAUACAAAUAUGCAUGCUGACUACAGUGGUCAAGGGUUUGACCAAUUGCAAGAUGUUAUUGACAAAAUUAAAAACAAUCCAGAUGAUCGUCGUAUACUUCUUUCAGCAUGGAACCCUUCAGACCUCAAACAAAUGGCACUUCCACCAUGUCACAUGUUUGCUCAGUUUUAUGUAAAUCAAGGAGAGUUAUCUUGUCAAAUGUAUCAGCGAUCAGCUGACAUGGGCCUUGGUGUUCCAUUUAACAUAGCAUCAUACGCCUUGUUGACUUGCAUGAUUGCCCAUGUUUGUGAUCUUGUUCCUGCUGAUUUUGUCCAUGUUCUUGGUGAUGCUCAUGUCUAUAGCACUCAUGUCAGACCCUUGCAGGAUCAGCUUCAAAAGCUCCCUAAACCUUUUCCUGUAUUGAAGAUUAAUUCUGAGAAGAAGGAUAUAGAUGGUUUUUAUAGAUCUGAUUUUGGGGGCAAUGGGUGUCGUGUUUUUAUGUAACGACGUGGAUAAUGAUAUUAUUAUUAUUAUAUUAUAUAGUUAUUGGGAAUCCCUUAGUUCCACAUAUCGGUUAAAGGUGAUCUGGGUAUGUAGUUAUGUUUUAGCUGAUUGAUGAGGAUUUUGUUAAAACAAGAGCCUGUUAUGACUUGUGCGAGUUGUACCUUAUGCUUGGGUUAUUGUACCUUGUAGCCUUGUUAGUAUCAGUGCAAAAACUAAGACUAUAUAUACUUAAUGAGAUUCUAGGUAUUGGUAUUAUAUGCUUGGUGCAUGUUUGUUUCAUGGGUGCUUGGUUGAAGGAGAG